AUGCGAACAGGGAGAGACAGUGAAGUGCGGACCCAGAAGAAGGUCGAGGAAGCUCUACGGAGCAGGAUGAAGGAGCGAGCGUUGAAGGAGUGUGCGCGGGAGAUUGAGGCGUAUGCUGACUGUGUGCGCGGGCGUGUGUUCUCCAUUGUGUGGGCGUGCCGGGCACACGCCACUGAACUGAACGAGUGCCUGCACCAAUACACAAAUGAUGCAGUUUUGGAUCAGCAGCACAUCUGA